AUGGUGGCGAUCAAGGACAUCACUGCCCGUCAAAUCCUCGAUUCCCGCGGCAACCCGACCGUUGAGGUCGAUCUGCUGACAGAUAGCGGCUGCUUCCGUGCGGCCGUCCCCAGCGGUGCCUCCACCGGCAUCUACGAGGCUCUCGAGCUCCGUGACAAGGAUGCCAGCAAGUUCCUUGGCAAGGGUGUGCUGAAGGCUGUGGAGAACAUCCACAAGAUCAUCAAGCCUGCGCUGAUUGGCAAGGACCCGUGCGACCAGAAGGGCAUCGACAAGCUCAUGGUCGAGGAGCUGGACGGCACCAAGAACGAGUGGGGCUGGUGCAAGUCCAAGCUCGGCGCGAAUGCCAUCUUGGCCGUCUCCAUGGCGUGCUGCCGCGCCGGCGCCGCCGCGAAGGGCAUGCCCCUGUACAAGUAUAUCGCCACCUUGGCGGGCAACCCCACCGACAAGAUGGUCAUGCCAGUCCCCUUCUUCAACGUCAUCAACGGCGGCUCCCACGCUGGCAACAAGGUCGCCAUGCAGGAGUUCAUGCUCGCCCCCGUGGGCGCCAGUACCAUCCACGAGGCCAUCCAGAUCGGCGCCGAGGUAUACCACCACCUGAAGGCCGUCAUCAAGAAGAAGUACGGCAUGGACGCUACCAACGUUGGUGACGAAGGCGGCUUCGCCCCCAACAUCAGCAGCGCCACUGAGGCUCUCGAGCUCCUCAUGGAGGCCAUCAAAGUGUCAGGCCACGAGGGCAAGAUCAAGAUCGCCGCCGACGUUGCCGCGUCCGAGUUCUGGCUCGCUGAGGACAAGGUGUACGACUUGGACUUCAAAACCCCGAACAACGACAAGUCGCAUCGCAUGUCCGGCGAGCAGCUCCGCAACCUCUACAAGGAGUGGUCCGAGAAGUACCCGAUCGUGUCCAUCGAGGACCCGUUCGACCAGGACGACUUCAGCACCUACGCCAGGCUGACCAGCGAGGUCGGCGAGAAGGUUCAGAUCGUCGGCGAUGACUUGCUCGUCACCAACCCGACCCGCAUCGAGAAGGCCCUCCAGGAGAAGGCCUGCAACGGUCUCCUCCUCAAGGUCAACCAGAUCGGCACCGUCACCGAGUCUAUCGAGGCCUGCCAGCUCGCUCAGAAGAACAACUGGGGCGUUAUGGUCUCCCACCGCUCCGGCGAGACUGAGGACUCCUUCAUCGCUGACCUCGUUGUCGGUCUUCGCACUGGACAGAUCAAGACUGGCGCCCCCUGCAGGUCUGAGCGCCUCUGCAAGUACAACCAGCUGAUGCGCAUCGAAGAGUCCCUCGGCGCCGACUGCACCUAUGCUGGCUCUGACUUCCGCCACCCCAAGUAA